AUGUUCAGGCUUUGAAGGAUGCUUAUGAGUUGAUGAAAUCAGCCAGUCAAGGAAAAUCUGCACUUGACUCAUCAGAUAACUUCAGCACUGACUUAUAUGUUUUAUGUGCUGAACAAGCACUUCAGCUGGGAUAUCUGGAAAUGAGCAGGGACUGUCUACAGAUGUAUUUUAAAGGAAGAUUUCCUGUGAACCAGUUUCUUGGCAGAGCGUAUUUGUGCCAAGGCCAGUUGCACACUCCACUCUCUACAGAUAAUUUGGAAGAGUUUGAAAAGUUUGUGCUGUUUUUUAUGAAGGCAAUAGAUUUUGCCACCCAUGAUCAAAGAUACUAUUUUUUGAUAUAUAAUGCCUCAGUUCUUUAUUGGGAACUUGUGAGGCCGUAUCUUAAGCCUGGGUUCCGCUGUUGUCUUAUUCCCAGCCUUUCUCAGAUUGUUAAAGCAUUAAACCAAACUGAAGAGCAAGACAAUGAAUGGAGAGCAGAACUCAUGAUAAAUUUACUUGAGUGCUUCCUGGAUGCUUCAAAACUGAAAGAAGCAAAAGAGUUUUCAUCUACUGCAGCAAUCUUUAUUAAGGAAAAUGUUCCAGAUAAAUACUCUCAAAUAUUUUCUCUAAUGGUAUAUCACAAACUAAUGGAUAUUUCCCAGUACGAUGUACCUGCGGCAUCUGUUCUCAGUGUGAAGAUCCCUUUGAUUCUGGAAUUAGCUCGUUUUUCUAUGAAAGUAAACUGCAUUAAGCUUGCAUAUGAUUGUAUACUUGAUCUGAAGAGAGCUGGGAUUACUGAGCAAGGGAAACUUAUUGAAAUAGAAUGCCUGGAAUGUGAAUAUGAAAUUAAAAAAAUUGGCACUAAAAUUGUGACUUAUACCAAAGGAGUUGUUGAGGCUCAGCUGGAAUUGAUAAAAAAUCUUGAGUUAACCUUAAAACAUGCAGUUCAGUUGGGAGAUCCUGAUGUGAUUCAGGUUGUUUGUACAACCCUGUGGAAUCUGUGCUUACCGCUACUACAGCACAAUUUGCAUCAACAUGUGCGAAAGCCGUUGAUAUCAGUUGCUGAUGUCCUUGAAGAGAUUGACAGCAUGUUGAUUUUGUUGCGUUGCCAAGUUCAUAUGGAAAUAGCUCGUAUUGAAGAAGAUGGGGACAGAAUAGAGGCUGCUGUGGAACAUUUGCAAAAAGCUAUACAUCUGAACUACAGUGGGCAGUAUCAAGAACAUCUAAGAUUGACUUUUAACCGUCUUCGUUUGUGCACUAUGCUGUAUAAGUCACCUGAGCGUCUGGAGGAUCAGGCAGUAAUGAUGAUUGAACAGGCUAAAAGGGGAAAGGAGAAGGACAAUGUGAGGAAAAAGAGGUCCCUUCUGGUAAAUGCAGGUCUUGCGUUAGCUCCUGAUUCAUUUCAAAUAGUCGUUGACAGUGAAAAUGAAGCUAAAGUUUCCUCAGGUAAAAGUGGGAGUCAAAUAAGCUACCUCUGUGCAAAAGCACAACAUCAUAUUAAAAGCAUGGAGAAAGUUGAUGAACAUUUGAAACACUUAAAUGAAAAGGACAGAGAAAGAAUUAUACUUUGGGCAGAUUUGGCAAAAGUUGCACGUAAACAAGAAGUAUGGGAUGUCUGCCGUGCAGCAUGCAGAUUUUGUCUCUUGUAUGAUGAUACUUUGUUUAGGAUGGUAACAAAACCUAAAAAAACACAAAAGAAGAAAGCUAGUACAACUACAAUGGAUGAUGAUCAAGGUGACUGCUUACCAGGAGAAUCAUUGCUACCUGCUAAAUCCUUCUCCUUUGAAAGAGAUUUACUCAGAAUAUUAGCAGAAAUAAGAUUCAUUAAUGCAGAG